AUGCAUCAUGCUGCGGACCUUCUGUGUGGCGACGCUGCGCUCUCGGCCGACUGGACGGGCGAGUACGAGGAAAAGUCGGCGCAGUGGUUCGAGCUCUUCCUCGACCUCAUCAUGGUCGCCGCCUGCUCCAACGUGGCCGAGGGCCUCAAGGACGACCUGAGUCUCCGUGGCGCGGCGGCGUUCGUGCUGCUCUGCCUCAUGUAUGCCUCGUCGUGGCAUCUCUACACGCACUUCAACGCGCGCUUCUCCGAGUCGUCGCUCUUGCAUUAUGGCUUUCUGUAUGUGCUGCUCAUCGGGCUUGGCGGUAUGGUGCUCGCGAGCGAGCCCGGCCGCGGGUUCACGAUCGGCCUCGUCUGCAUCCGCGCCGCGCUCCUCUGCAUGAACCUCUCGGUGUUUUGGUCGCUGCCAAACGUGCGUGGAAAGGCGGGCGCCGACAUGAGCAUAAGCCUGCUCGUGAUGACGCUCUUUGCCUUCGCGUUGUACGUCGACUACCCGACGGUGACGAUUGGUGCCUACCUCACGUCGCUCGUCCUCGAGACGUUAGGAGGUGUCGCACUCGUGCGCUUUGCCAAUCGACCUGACAUGGACGUGGCGAUGAACAUCGACCACGUCGACGAUCGCGAAGGCUGUCUCGUCAUGGUGGCCCUCGGCGAGUCGGUUGUGAGCACGGUCAUGCACCGCCGCGGCACGGACCUCCCAUCCGCCUACUACGUCGCCAUGGCGCUCUCGCUCCUCGUCAUCUUUUCUCUCGCCAUCUUUUACUUUGCGGCCAAGCCGCAGCGCGAAAUGCAUGCGAUGCGGCGGUCGAUUGCGACCGGGCUCACCUACUCGCUGCUGGCGAUCGGGGUUGGCACCAAGCUCGUCUCGGAAGCGGUGCGCCAGAACCAAGAGCUCGCACCAACGUCGCUCUGGGUCUUGUUCGGGUCGAUGUCGCUGGCGUUCUGCAUCAUGCUUUUGGUGCGGCUCUUGCACUAUGGCGGGCGCCAGACCGAUCCGUUGCGUGUCCAGCGCAUCAAGUACGUGUGGUGGGGCGUCUGCGCGCUUUCGCCCAUCUGUCCGCCGGUCGUGGCCUAUAUUUUGCAGGCCGUCGCUACUGACGGCGGUGUCGACCCGAUCACAGCACUGGCCUGCGCUGCCGCCAUCAUCCUCUCGUGGCUCGUGAGUGAGACCGCCGUCAUGCACAGCCUCCGCGUCCUCGGGUAUGGCUACUCGGACGCCCUUCAUGAGACGACGACCCUCGAGUCCCGCGCAUCGCUGCUGGUUGUCACACACUAG